GCCGCCGCCGCCGCCGCCGCCUGUAACUGCUGGACCCGAGUGGGAGUGAGGGGGAAACGGCAGGAUGAAGUUCGCCGAGCACCUCUCCGCGCACAUCACUCCCGAGUGGAGGAAGCAAUACAUCCAGUAUGAGGCUUUCAAGGACAUGCUGUAUUCAGCUCAGGAUCAGGCACCUUCUGUGGAAGUUACAGAUGAGGACACGGUAAAGAGAUAUUUUGCCAAGUUUGAAGAAAAAUUUUUCCAAACCUGUGAAAAGGAACUUGCCAAAAUCAACACAUUUUAUUCAGAAAAGCUUGCAGAGGCUCAGCGCAGGUUUGCUACACUUCAGAAUGAGCUUCAGUCAUCACUGGAUGCACAGAAAGAGAGCAUUGGCGUUACUACACUGCGACAGCGCAGGAAGCCAGUCUUCCACUUAUCCCAUGAGGAACGUGUCCAACAUAGGAAUAUUAAAGACCUUAAACUGGCCUUCAGCGAGUUCUACCUCAGUCUUAUCCUGCUGCAGAACUAUCAGAAUCUGAAUUUUACAGGGUUUCGAAAAAUCCUCAAAAAGCAUGACAAAAUCCUGGAAACUUCUCGUGGAGCAGAUUGGCGCGUGGCUCAUGUUGAAGUGGCCCCAUUUUAUACAUGCAAGAAAAUCAACCAGCUCAUCUCUGAAACUGAGGCUGUAGUGACUAAUGAACUUGAAGAUGGUGACCGACAAAAAGCUAUGAAGCGUUUACGUGUCCCCCCUUUGGGAGCUGCUCAGCCUGCACCAGCAUGGACUACUUUUAGAGUUGGCCUAUUUUGUGGAAUAUUCAUUGUACUGAAUAUUACCCUUGUGCUUGCCGCUGUAUUUAAACUUGAAACAGAUAGAAGUAUAUGGCCCUUGAUAAGAAUAUAUCGGGGUGGCUUUCUUCUGAUUGAAUUCCUUUUUCUACUGGGCAUCAACACAUAUGGUUGGAGACAGGCUGGAGUGAAUCAUGUGCUCAUCUUCGAACUUAAUCCAAGAAGCAAUUUGUCUCAUCAGCAUCUUUUUGAGAUUGCUGGAUUCCUUGGGAUAUUGUGGUGCCUGAGCCUUCUGGCAUGCUUCUUUGCUCCAAUUAGUGUCAUCCCUACAUAUGUGUAUCCACUUGUCCUUUAUGGAUUUAUGGUUUUCUUUCUUAUCAAUCCCACCAAAACUUUUUAUUAUAAGUCACGGUUUUGGCUGCUUAAACUGCUGUUUCGAGUAUUUACAGCCCCCUUCCAUAAGGUAGGCUUUGCUGAUUUCUGGCUGGCCGAUCAGCUGAACAGCCUGUCAGUGAUAUUGAUGGACCUGGAAUAUAUGAUCUGCUUCUACAGUUUUGAGCUCAAAUGGGAUGAAAGUGGGGGCCUGUUGCCAAAUAAUUCAGAAGAACCAGAAAUUUGCCACAAAUAUUCAUAUGGUGUACGGGCCAUUGUUCAGUGCAUUCCUGCUUGGCUUCGCUUCAUCCAGUGCCUGCGCCGAUACCGAGACACAAAAAGGGCCUUUCCUCAUUUAGUUAAUGCUGGGAAAUACUCCACAACUUUCUUCACGGUGACGUUUGCAGCCCUUUACAGCACUCACAAAGAACGAGGUCACUCAGACACCAUGGUAUUCUUUUAUCUUUGGAUAGUGUUUUGUAUCAUCAGUUCCUGUUAUACCCUCAUCUGGGAUCUGAAGAUGGACUGGGGUCUCUUUGAUAAGAAUGCUGGAGAAAACACCUUUCUCCGGGAAGAGAUUGUAUACCCCCAAAAAGCCUAUUACUACUGUGCCAUCAUAGAGGAUGUGAUUCUGCGCUUUGCUUGGACUGUCCAAAUCUCAAUUACCUCCAUGACAUUGUCGCCUCAUUCUGGGGACAUCGUUGCUACUGUCUUUGCUCCCCUUGAGGUUUUCCGGCGAUUUGUGUGGAACUUCUUCCGCCUGGAGAAUGAGCAUCUGAAUAACUGUGGUGAAUUCCGUGCCGUGCGGGACAUCUCUGUGGCCCCUCUGAAUGCGGAUGACCAGACUCUCCUAGAACAGAUGAUGGACCAGGAUGACGGAGUACGAAACCGCCAGAAGAACCGGCCAUGGAAGUACAGCCAGAGCAUAUCCCUGCGCCGGCCUCGCCUCGCUUCUCAAUCCAAGGCUCGUGACACUAAGGUAUUGAUAGAAGACACAGAUGAUGAAGCUAACACUUGAAUCCUCUGAAGUCUAGAUUAACGUCUUUGGUUUUCCUACUCUACAAUUCUUUCCUCGACCAACGCAACCUCUAGUACCUUUCCAGCCGAAAACAGGAGAAGACACAUAACACAUUUUCCGAGCUCUUCCAGAUCGGAUCCUAUGGACUCCAAACAAGCUCACUGUGUUUCUUUUCUUUUCUUCUGGUUUAAUUUUCAUUUUCUAUUUUUAAAACAAAUAUUUACUUCAUUUUGCCAACCAGAGGACAUUUUAAGGAACAAAAACAUAGUAUCUUAUGGAUUGUUUACAAUCACAAGGACACAGAUACCUAUCAGGAUGAAGAACAGGCAUUGCAAGGACCCUCUGAUGGGACGGUACCGAGAUACCUCGGAUUCCGCUGGGCCCGGUUUUGACUGGUUGAAACCGGACAUUGAUUUUUAAAUUUUUUGUCAGUUUAUGUGGAGAUUUUUUCCUUUCCUUCAUACCCAGCGCAAAAGCACUGGCCGCACUUGCAGGGAAAGUGCAACUUAGAGCAGUACCUUCAUUCACGAAGCUACUUUUUAAUUUGAUGUAACUUUUCUUAUUUUGGGGAGGGUUGCUGGGUGGGUGGGAAAUAUGAUGUAUUUGUUGCAUAUAGUUUUCUCAUUAUUUAUGAAACUUAACCAUAAAAGAAUGCUAUAACUCCUGUGCAGUGAAGGUGGUAACGGGGAAAGAAGAUGGGAAGCUAAUGUCGGACAGCAUUUGAGGGUUAGUCCACAGUACCUCUUUCAUGAGACAACUUGCACCAGUCUGACUUUUUCUUUUCUUUCUUUUCUUUUUUUUUUAAUUUUAAGCCAAAGUUUUAUCACUGAUUUUUUAAGUUGCUGCUGCUUUACAAUCCUGAGCAUGUCUUUCAUAACAAAGCAUCUAUAUAUUUCCACAUAACCGGCUGAAAUUUCUUAAGGGCCAGAUACUUUUUUUUUUCUUUUUUAAGGAACAAAUGUAGAAUAUAUUUGCCCAUACUCCCAACCAUAACAACUGAAGUUAUGCCUUAUUGAGCUUCAGCAUUUAGGGUAAUUGAAGUAUAACUUUUACUGACUCUGAAGGAGAAGAUAAAGCUAUUUCAGAAACUCCCUAUACCCUAUUGGAUAGUUUUCCUUUUGAAGUCACUUGCUUUAGCCAGAAUUUGAUCAAAUUAAAAGUCUAUCUCGGGGAAACCAUAUUUGUGAGAGCAAAGAACAAACUAUCCUUCUUUUGUCACAUUACAUGAAUAAAACAGACCUUGGCAGCCAUUUCUCCCAGCAGUUUUAAAGGAUGAACAUUGGAUUUCAUGCCCUCCUAUGAGAGAAAACCUGCUUUUAAGAUUUUUUGGGGGUCUAAACUUGGUCGUAAACGAAAGGUAUUAUUUCUUAGACAUUUCAGACUUUCAUGGUCUAUGCACAAUGCCUAUUUUUACUUGUCUAAUUUUUUUUCUACAUUCCUGAGUCAUCCAAAUAAGCCCCAAAACCUUAAAGGAUUUUGCUUCCUUGAAUAUAGUUGGCAUUAAAUUGAGCAUUUCAUUAUCUAGCAAAAUUAAUAUAGUACCAGGAAAAAGUGAAGUAUGUUUUAAUCCUCCCAUCCCCCCAGAUCCAGAUGAAGAUUCUAACAUCAACAUCAGUGGAUUCAUGAAAGUAAAUUACUUCUGUCAUUUUCAGCUUAAUCUUAGGCAAAGAGACAAAUGAGUGGAAGGGCAGCUAUUAUUACCACCACUUACUUAGUCUUGAAAAUAUAUGGUUACUGCCCCUUAUACUACUCUUUCGGUCAGCAGCUCUUCUGCCUUGUAUUGCAAGUCUUCAUACCUGUAAAGUUACUAUUACUACCAAAAUUCUAUCAAUUAACUGACAAGUAGUUCAUUUUUAAAGGAGUUUAUUCCAUUUUUAUUCUGACAAGCUUCCAAAAUUUUUUUCCCUUUCCAAAUUGAGAUUUUUUUUUUCUGAAAAAUCAUAUAAAUUUUUGGCUUUUGUUGUUUUUUUAUGUUUUGCCAAGCAUGUUCCUUGGCCCAAAACUGAAGAGGAAAAGUUUAACUACUUUUUUUUAGUUUAAAUAAAUAAUUUAUAAUAAUCAGUGGUAAGAAUUUAGUGACCCUUAAUAGAUUAAAGGUUGCAUUAUUUAUACUUGGGAUUUUUUUCUAUUUUGUUUUUGUACUUUAAAACUAUGGGGGAAAUAUCACUGGUCUGUCAAGAAAUAACAGUAAUUAUUAUUGAGUUGAAUAAGUCCAGUGGACCAGUCAUUUCUUGUACAAAUAAAACUGGUGGUACUAAUGUGUAUCCAGAGCAAUUUGAAUUGUCAACUUCAUUUUCUUUUAGUAGCACUAUAUAAUGACACACAUAAAAUCUUAUAGUUGACUUCUGGUAUUUGAACUCCCCACUGUUUUUCUUUCAGUGUAUCCUAUGGCCAGUUUGAUCUUUCUUCAACUGUUACGAUGGUAGGCCCUAAUCAGUAUUAUUUUUUCAUAGAUAAUACAAUGUUAGAAUUUGUUCCUUUUCUGAUGUGUUUGUCCUGUUGGCAUAGUCUAUUCAAGAAUGAUAAGACUUUGUAACUUUCAGCUUACCAUGACAGAUGCUCAAAUAAGUAUUUAAAUACACAGCUUUAUGUGCCUGGUAAAGCUGUAAAGAGAAAAGAGGAUUUUUCCUCAUCAAGAGGAAGCAGUUUGGGAGACAGAAUAAACAUUUAAAUUUUCUUCCUUGAAAAAAAGGCAACGUGCAUUUUUCUCAUCUAAGUUUUAAAUGCCCUAGCAGUUGCCAAUGCUAUGUCCUACCUAAUAUUUUAUUGGAGAUAUCUGUACACUGAAACUCUCAGAAUUCUUAAGAAAUUAAUAUUAGAGUCAUUUUAAAGAAGCAGCAAUCUAACCAAAGGUAAAACUUUAUCUGAUUUUAGGUUGAGAAAUUCUAGUUUUAUUUUAUUUGAGAAUCAGUUUAUAUCAUCACUUUAAAUACCCACCAAAGGAAUAAAAAGGAAGUUUUAAAGAAUAAAGUCAUUGGUGUGUAGAGAAAUCAGAAGACAAAGAAAAAUGGCUUAUUUUCUACUCACAAAUAUGCACCUAGACUUACAGCUGCCUAUGCCAUUAAAAUGGAAUCCUUGAUGAAUUCAUACCAUAUAGAGAGACAAUAGAAUGAUCAAAUUUAAGUCAUUAAUUAGGUUAUAACAGUAAUUUUUAAGAUUGGAAAGAAGUUGAAAACCCAUAUACAACUUUCUUUUCCAGUGUCUCUCAUUUUUCUCCUUAAGAAAGCUGCUUAACUUCAGAGUCAGAAGCAAUGAUGUGAGAGAAUGCCAGUCAGUAACAGUAACCUAUAUGGACCCUUAAAGAAGGAAAAUGGGGCCUGGCCCCCAGGAUCUGCAACUCCCCAAAAUUUUCAACAUGAGAGUUUUAAGAUUUUAAUAGAUUUUACUAGAAGUUGUUGAUAUAUGGUAUCCUUCCACCAUGUUUUGACCAAAGUACAUUCAUGAUAACUACAGAAAGCAGUUCAUCCUGUAAGAGGUGAACUAAGGCAAAUAAGAAUAAAAAACAAGUAACCUAUUACUGAGUUGUACAGGCAUCAGAUGAACAAACAUUUAGGUAAAGAAAACUAAAAUGUGGAGAUGGAGAAGAGCAGGAAGGUGUUGGAUUGUGGCAGCAAGAUGCGGGGCAGCUACAAAGUAUGUGAAGUCAGUGGCAUUGGUCAUGCCUCGCUGUCUCUCCUUUAGUGGUGAUGUUGUUGGUAGAGACCUGCCUUUAUUUUCCCAUCAUUUUUUUUCUCCCAUUAUUUUGCAUUAUUCAGGAAAUAAUGCCCAAAUGCAAUUUCCUAAGCAAUGACUAGGAAAACUUCUUAACCUAAGGAAACUAAUUUAGAAAAUAACCCUAUCCAUGGCAUUAUUUUAUUCAAAAACUUAAAACUCUUUGAAGUGAUUGCACUGUUUGGUAAACAAAUGUCAGAAUACAGUUCUCCUUAAUUUGCAUGAAAUUUGCCUGUCUCAGAAAAUAAGUACUUCUUGUUAUAUAACAUAUUUAAAUUUUUUAAAUUAAGAUUGCUUCUCAAAUUUAAAAAAAAUCAUGUUGAAUCUGACUUUUUCAGCUACAAAAUUGCCACACUUUUCUUAAAUCUAAUAAAUAAGCCAGGAUCCUUACAUAAUAAGAUCUAGUCACUAGGUUAAGACAAUACAAGUUACGGUAGAACUUAAGAAAAAGGUGAAGAAGAAUAAAUCAGAUUUAUCAGCCUUGUUCAUUUUAUGAUGCAUAAAUUUUAUUUUUAUUUCUGAUGAAUAGGAGAGUUAAAAUGAGAUUUUAUGAACACUUAAAAACAUUUCUACAUUUCAAAUAUCAGUCUUGAUAGUAAAUCUUAAAAGCUAACUUUCUGCAUUACAUCUUUAAUCUGUACAGUGUCAGAGCACAUGUGGGAUAGAAUUGAUUAUAUUAGAGUGUAAGAAAUUUGUAAUGGUCAGUGCUACAGACCAGUGAUUUAACCAGCAUUAAACCACAUUCUGCUCACCACACAUGAAAAAGUAAAAUCAUCUCAUUAGAUUGGAAAGAGCUUAAUUUAAAUAAUAUGAGAAGUUUGGGAAUGGAGAUGAGCUUCCUGAUUGGUACACUUAAUAAUGGCCUUUCUUGUAUGAAAUUGACAAAACUCUGAUACUGAGUUACCCCUUAAAAACAACCUUCCAGAAUGUAUUUGCUUACUUAUGGUGGAAGAGGAAGUGAGAGGGACAAGAUGAGAGUUUCCCCUGAAGUGAAAAGAAUCAUUAUACUAAUUUUCAUCUAAAAUAUGUUUCCUUGUAGCAGACCUUUGGUUUAUUUUAUUAGUAUAUCAAAGCCACCUUCAGUUUUUUUAUGGUGCCAUCAACCUAAGGAGGACAAUCAAAUAACCAAUUGUUUGCCUUGGAUUCGGUGUGUCUGCUAAUUACAGUCUCAUCUUGUAUACCUUCAAAACCAGUUACUUGACUCUACUUCCACCAUAUUACCUUAGUUCUUCUAUGCCACCAAAAUCAGAGGGAAGACUUACUACCAGAAAAGUGUGGACUUAGAAGAAUAUGAGCAAAGGAUUCCAUCUCCCUACCCAAACUUCCUGAUGUUCCUACCCAGACUUCCCUGAUUGUCCUGUAACAACACCAGCAUGGUGGGAAUAGGGAGAAAGAUUGUGGGGAAUCCUGAAAGAAUCCUGUAAUUGAUGAUGACAUUGUUAUUCUUUUGAAGUGUAAAGUAAAAUUGUGAGCCACUCACAUUUGCAAAAAGAGCAUAAUUGAAGCUUCAUCACAUUAAGAUUAAUUUCUUGCUAUAUUCUGGAUUAGCACAGAAGCUUGUAUCAAUGAAGACUGUUUAGGAGGGGAAUCGGGUGUAAAAUGUAUCUGUCUUUCAGACCCUCUCCCUCUACUCAUGUUUCCUUCACCCCCUACCACAUUGUGUUGGUCAAAUGCUACUAUUCUAUGAAACCCUGAGCUAUAGUUGUCAAAAGUAACUAUGGAAUGUGAUUAGUCCUCUGUGGGUGCUUCUUUCCCUCUCUCCUCCCUUGCUUCCUUUCUUACUGUCUCCGCUCUGGCAGACGGAAAAGGUGGCAUCAAGGGCUGGACGCCUGCUGGACUCGUGUUGUGUCUGUGACUAUGCUACUAGCUGUCUCCUCUUUCCUUCUUACGUGGGUACAAGUCUUACGACGUGUGGAGUUCCCUUCUUGAUAAGUAGGCUAAAUGCACAAUGUGGUACUGUUUUAUAGUUUCUAGAUGGUUGUAUAAAGCAAAAAGUUAAUGUGGUUAUGUGUUUUUAAAAGAAAAUAAGUGAUUGAUUACAAACUGUCCUUUUUUCAUUAUUACAAGCUCUGUUUUCCAACA